AUGAUGGCGAGAGUGGGUGGUCGGUUGGUCUGCUUUGUAGCGGCGCUCAUUGCUUGCUGCCAUUCGUUCCAGCUCCACCCGAGGGCUUUGGUGGUACAACGACCACCACCACCAAGUUUUGUCAGCUUUGAUUCAUCCUUUGGGAAGCAUCAUCGGCAGCCGUUGCGUAGAAGCGGAAUCUUUGCUGCCAGCGUUGACGAGGCCGAUCUUGAUCUACCGGUAGAAAGAAAUAAUCUAACUGCAGCUCUGGUGGAACAGGAAAACUCGGCUCUAACAGAAGAUGCUACCGCAUUGGCUCCUCCACCACCACAAUACCCGCCAACGCCCACACUUCGAGAAUGCCUGGCAUUUACGCUACCCGCAUUGGGUAUCUACACGUGUCCUCCACUCAUGUCUCUGAUUGAUGCUUCCUUUAUUGGUCGGCUGUCCAGUUCCCUGGAAUUGGCUUCCUUGGGUCCUGCCAGUACCAUUAGCGACAGUGCUCCUCUCCCCUUGUUGUUUCUUUCCAUUGCCGCCACCAACCUGAUUGCCAAAUCCUUUGCUCAAAAUGAUACAGAAGCGUUGGCGCGUGUCACCCGCACGGCAUUGACCAUGGGAACCGUCGGUGGGAUUGUCACAACAAUACUUCUCUACCAAAAUGCCCUGCCACUCUCGUUGCUGUACUGUGGUGGCAGCAAUUCGGCUGGAGGAUUGGCUGCCUAUUGUACUCAAUAUGUUGCCAUUCGAGCAUUGGCAUUGCCCUUUGUCGUGGUGACGACCAUUGCCCAGGCCAUUUGCAUUGGGACCAAAGAUACAAAAACGCCCAUGUUGUCGGUCGCCCUGGCGGGUGGGUUGAAUUUACUUGGCGAUCUCAUCCUCGUGGGAUGGCUCAAACAAGGCAUUGCCGGAGCGGCAUGGGCCACGGCCGUGUCACAAGUCUUGGCGGCGGGAUUACUACUGCGUGUAUUGAAGAAACGUGGUUUUUUGGAAAAACAACAACCACAAUCCACUCAACAGCAACCAGGCAGUAAUACCAAGAAUGCCAAACAAUGGGAUACGGCCCAACAAAUCUUGUCGUUUGUCCCCUUUUUAUUCGUCAUGUCGGUCAAGAUUGGAUGGCACAAUUCCUGUGCGGCCACGGCGGCGACACUGGGAGGUGCCCAAGCGGCGGCACACACGGCACUCGUCUCGGUGGGGAUGCUCUGCUUUACAUUUGGUGACGUAGGAUCGUCCUUGUCGCAAGCAUUCCUGCCAGCAUUUGUACGACAACCACAACAACAAUCCACCGCAGAGGAGGAGGGCAGGAAGAAGAACAAGAAUGAACCGCUCUUUGACUUGGAUGCCGCCAUGCCCACCAUCAAGCAGCUAUUGAGAUGUACGCUCAGUAUAUCCACCACAGUAGUACUCUUGUCGUCCAUCAUUAUUGGAAUAUUCGGUGGUCAAAUUACAGGAGAUCCAUUGGUGCUGGCCGAAAUGAGAAGAACACUGCCGUGGAUUGCCACGGCCCUCAGUCUGCAUGGGACAGCCGUUAGUUUGGAAGGCUUUCUCUUGGCGCGCAAAAAACUGAGAGGGUUGACUGUCUUUUAUACAUUCCUUGCCGCCACCAUUGUGGCGUGGCAGUUCUUUACCCGAAGGUGGGGACUUGGAUUGGGAGCUGUCUGGGGGUGCUACAUUUGGGUGAGCGGAUCGAGAGUCGUUACGUUUGCCGCACUUGGAGGGUUGCUGCGACCGCAACGAAUGUGGAAGAGCCUGCGGCAAAAACUGACAAGCAGGGCAGCGGCUGGAACCGUAUCGUGA